CAAACCCGGAAGGCGUGGAGACAGGCACUGGUGAUCGCUGCCUGGAAAUUUAAGGAUAAAAUUAGAACAUUUUGAGAUUCAAUGAUGUUUAAACUCGAAGGUUUAGGACCCAAAUUAGACCCGGAGGAGAUGAAGAGGAAAAUGAGGGAGGAUGUGAUCUCAUCCGUGAGAAAUUUCCUCAUUUAUGUUGCUCUUCUGAGAGUCACUCCGUACGUGUUGAAGAAGUUGGACAGCAUAUGAGGAUGUAGAUUCUGCUCUCAAUCUGCACCUGGACUCAUGGAACAUCGUUGUGCUUCACCAGUUUGCAGCUCGAUCCUGCAUCAUUGCUGUCGCCAUGACAACCACACUGCAUUUUUAUUUUUUGUUUCCUGGAUGAAGCUGAACGUACUUUAAUUUAGCCCUGCGUGUUUGCGCAUUAGUCGUCGUGUCCAGGGCAGUUGGUCAGUACAGAUGUGACACGACGCGACGCAAUGCACUGCUGUGUGUUGAUCAUGUGACCUGGACUAAACAAUAAAACUAAUGUAUUUAACUCGUUUGUUUGAAAAUGAAUCAGUGUGAAUAAAUUUCAAUGUUGGUCCAUCAGUGUGUGGAUGUUCAGCAUUGAGUUGGUCUUCUUAA